UACUGCAAGGCCUUUUUUUUAAAUUUCAGAUCAGAAACCUCAACGAAGUGCUUUUCAACAAACACCCGCUGGCAUGUUUGUAACACUCCUUGGACUUCUCAUCGUUUCUCUGACUCCAAGUGAACGCAGCUGCAUCAGCAGCGGUCCUCCUCGUGCGACCCGCCGAGAACCCGCACGACCUCCGCGGCGGGAAGCCGCCGAUCGGGGGCCGAAAGCAGAUCCGGUUCCCUCGGAGUAGCGUUCCCCUUUAAGCCCAGCAGGCCGGCUGAGACAUGGCCCAUUGUCUUGAGUCCACCCAUCUGUGGGGGUGGCUCUGCGAAACUUUGCAGGGGGAAAGAGAACAUCCAAGCUGUCACUUGGCUGCUGGUAAGGGACCGAUGAGGAGGACGGAGGGACCAGCAACUCGUCAACAGACAUUAACGCCGAGGUCCGGACGGGCUGUGGAAAAGAGCGAGGAUGCAACAAAGAAAGCGCGUGGAGGCGGACGAUGUCGUCCGGGCCUAAAUUGGAGAAUUUUUUUUUUGUGGGGGUGGGGGGGGGGCUGUCAUAGUUUUCAGUGCACGCGGUCACAACAAAGAGAAGCGCGUGACCCGCAUGUUGCGGCAGUGAUUUGUAAUUGCCAAUCGACGCGCGGUUAGGAAAGCGUUAUUAAAUGUUCCCAAAAGAAAGUCCGCCGUCUUGACAAAAUGAGCCGUUCGGGCUGCGGGGCUCUCGCUGCGGGACGGGGACUGUCUCCCGUUCACCUCUUCGUCGCCCUCCUGACGGCCCUGGACAACUGCAACGCAUUGGCACCACCACGUGAACCAGAGAGACUUCUGCGGGAUCUGCCUCGGCAUGAUGUGGUUCACCCCACCCGAGUGGAUGCCAGAGGUCACUUCCUGUCCAACUUCCUGUCUCACCAUGUUCGCCGCGUCCAGCGGCGGGAAGCCUCCGAGGGUCCAGCGGAAGGGGAUCGAGUCUACUACCAGCUGUGGCACGGCGGCCACAGUCUGCACUUUAACCUCAGCCUCAACCCGCGCCUGCUGGCACCGGGCUUCCUGACGGAGAGGCGGUACGGCGGCUUGGACGGGGCCCGGAUCCGUCCCGCCGGCUCCUCCCAGUGCCACUUCUUGGGCGAGGUGCGGGAUGAGGUCACCGGAAAGGGAAGCGCAGCCAUAAGUACCUGUGAUGGACUGACAGGACUGUUUAGCUUGUCCCAUGAAGAGUUCUUCAUUCGCCCCUUGGAGAGGUCCAGCGAGGACACGUCGGCGCCGCAGUCCCACGCCGUCUACAAACGCCACGCGGCCCCUCCCCCCCGCAGUCCGGCCGCACGGCCCGUCCCGGGGAACAACGGCACCUGCGGAAUCACGAACUCCCAUCAAGGCUCGUUGGACACGGAGAGGCAGAGGGAGCGGUGGGAGCACCGGCAGCAAAGAAGACGCAGGAGAAUCCGCCAGCGCUCCGUCAGCAAGGAGAAGUGGGUGGAGACGCUGGUGGUGGCCGACCACAAGAUGGUGGAGCAUCACGGGAGCAAAGCUGUGGAAAGUUACGUCCUGGCCGUCAUGAACAUCGUGGCCGGUCUGUUCCGAGACGCCAGUAUUGGGAACGCAAUCAACAUUGUUGUUGUUCGGCUCAUCCUACUGGAGCAGGAGGAGGAGGACUUAAAGAUUACACACCACGCUGACAACAGCCUGAACAGCUUCUGCAAGUGGCAGAAGAAGCUCAACAUGAAAGGAGAGGAACAGCCGCUGCACCACGACGUGGCAGUUCUGCUCACCAGGAAGGACAUCUGUGCGGCGGUGAACGCGCCGUGUGCGACGCUGGGUCUGUCCCACGUGGCCGGGAUGUGUCAGUCGCAUCGCAGCUGCAGCAUCAGCGAGGACACCGGCCUCCCGUUGGCCUUCACCGUCGCUCACGAGCUGGGACACAACUUUGGGAUUCAGCAUGAUGGCAACGGUAAUGACUGUGAACCAAUUGGGAAACGACCUUUCGUCAUGUCUCCACAGCUCCUGUACGGCACCUCCCUGCCCAGGUGGUCCCGCUGCAGUCGCCAGUACAUCACCCGCUUCCUCGAUCGCGGCUGGGGCUGGUGCCUGGACGACGCGCCGGUCAAAGGGAAGCUGCAGCCGGACUCGGUGCUCCCCGGGGUUCUGUACAGCUCUGCACAUCAGUGCCGGCUGCAGUAUGGAUCCGGCUCCGUGCUGUGCGAUGACAUGGACGACGUGUGCAGCACUCUGUGGUGCACGGUGGGAGCAACCUGCCACUCAAAGCUGGACGGCGCGGUGGACGGGACCAGUUGUGGGGACGACAAGUGGUGUUUCGGCGGCGAGUGCGUAGCCGUCGGAUCGGAGCCCGAGAGCGUCGAUGGCGGCUGGGCGGCGUGGAGCGAGUGGUUGGCCUGUUCCAGGACGUGUGGCGUCGGAGUCCGGAGCGCCCACAGACACUGUGAGAACCCGGUCCCCAAGCACGGAGGGAAGUAUUGUUUGGGAGAGAGACGGAGGUACAAGAUCUGCAACAACGCGCCGUGUCCUCGCGACCUGCCCACCUUCAGAGACCUCCAGUGCCGCCACUUCAACGGCGUGCCGCACAAGGGCAAGUUCUACGAGUGGGAAGCCGUCAUCAACAGAGUCAGCCCCUGUGAGCUGCACUGCCGUCCGCUGGAUGAAGACUUUUCCGAGAAGCUGCAGGAGGCCGUCGCCGACGGAACGCCAUGCCACGAAGGCAACAAGAGCAGAGACGUGUGCGUGAACGGCGUCUGUAAGAACUUGGGCUGCGACUAUGUGAUCGACUCCGGUGCCGUCGUGGACCGCUGUGGCGUGUGUCACGGUAACGGAUCUACCUGUACAACCGUGAGGAGAACAUUCGAGGAGACUGAAGGACUUGGCUACGUGGACAUCGGACUGAUCCCCGAGGCUGCCUGGGACAUCCGCAUCGAGGAAGUGGCCGAAGCUGAGAAUUUCUUGGCGCUACGAAGCGAUAACCCCAACAAGUACUUUCUGAACGGUGGCUGGACGAUCCAGUGGAACGGAGAGUACAAGGCAGCCGGGACAGUGUUCACCUACAAGAGGACGGGACAUCUGGAGAACCUGACGUCCCCGGGGCCCACUAUGGAGCCACUGUGGAUUCAGCUUCUCUUUCAGGAGAGCAAUCCAGGGGUGCGCUACGAGUACACAAUCAGCCGGAAUGCCUCAGAGGACGACAACGGCUCCGCGUCCGUUUUCUUCUGGAAACACGGUUCAUGGACUCAAUGCAGUAUCACCUGUGGGACAGGUGUUCAGAGGCAGAUUGUUCACUGUGUGGAAAAGACAACUGGGAUAGUGGAGGAGCACUUCUGUGACCCCGGCACCCGACCCGACGAUAACCAAACCAUCUGUAGCAAGGAGCCGUGUCCGGCCAUGUGGCGGGUUGGAGAGUGGCAGAAAUGCUCGGCGAGCUGCGGGAGCUCGGGCGUCACCAAAAGGACGGUGCUCUGCAUGCGGGCAGUAAGCGCUGAGGAGCAGAAGGCCCUGGAGGCCGGUCACUGCGAGCACGUACCCGCGCCGCAGUCCCUGUCCUCCUGCAACACGCACCUGCCCUGCCCGGCCGACUGGAGCGUGGCCAGCUGGUCAAAGUGCUCGCUGACGUGUGGGAGCGGAGUGCGUCGCCGCAACGUCACCUGCUCUAGGAACACGGGCGUGGACUGCGACCCGGAGAAGAAGCCCCCCGCUGCGAGCGCCUGCCUCGUCCGCGACUGUCCACGAGAGGUGGACAACUUUGGGGGCGUCGACUGGUCCGGAAGUGGCUGGUCCAGCAAAGAGGUGCUCAACGAGAUUGACUCCGUAGCCGACGUCAAGCCUCCUCCCAAACACAGCGCCACCCGGGCGCAGCCGAGGUCUAAUGAUAAUCACCCCGGCCACGUUGUGGAGGGAGAUUUUCACUAUCACAAUAAGCUAGAAAGAACCGACCACUCGCCGGAAAACGGGGUUCAAGUCGAUGAUUUUUACUAUGACUACAAUUUUAUCAACUUCCACGAGGACCUGUUGGACGACGUCGACAGCGACGGAAAAGAUUUAGGGGGCGGUCGCGGAUUCGAUGCUCCGCCGGGGAUCAACCCGGCCGGCGGGGUUAAAGAAACUACAAAACCGCCCUCAGAGCCACAGAACACCGAUCCGGAGGAUGCAAAGGAGAACGGCGAGGCAGCGACCGAGAAGUCAAUGCAAACCACUUCAGAAGAUCUGAGUGACCUCCUGUCUGAGGAUUAUCUCCUGCCUGCGUUCCCCACCCGCUCCCCGCUGUUGUCUACCCCUCAUUCACUGACACUCAAAGAGACGCGACGGGAGGAUGCGUCCCGGCCGGAGAACAUUAGCACAAUGCCGAGUCUGGUUUCCGCAACCAAUGUGAAACGGGGGCAGUAUGGAGAAGAAGCUGAAAAGAACUACGACAUGUUCCCUGAGGAUGUCUCUUCCGUCCCCGCACACCAAGGCGUCACCAACGGCACUAUAGGCGCGACCGAGGCACGUGAUGACUUUACACACGGUCUGGAUGGCUCUGCAGAGAGUCCAGAACCAGUUGGCUCUUCCUCACCAGACACUAUAAAUCAGGUUGGGACUGAAGUCCAGCUGGAAAGUUCUUCUGAAAUACCUCAAACAACCAGUCGAUCAACGCCUGCCUUCACAUUGGAGGGUCUUGGCUUGGAUCAGAAUCCCUUUGAUAGGGUUUACGCCACUACUGAGGGUAAUUCGCGGUGGACAGGCCGUGACCUCGGUACAACCUCACCUCCUUCCUCUGAGGCGUCCGCUCACCUCGCGGUUCCCUUCCCGCACAUCUCAGGUAACCGAGGGGCCUCCUACGGCUCCGCGCCGACAUCUGGAACAGAAAUCAUACCUCCCACGAGCCCGGAGGGAGCCGCUCGGCCUGCUGCAGCCGAUGAGCCGCCAGCCGCAGGGAAACCCACACAAGCCGCCUCCACAGAAGGAACCGCAGCGUCUUCCACAUCUCCAGCGCCAAACGAAAUGGCGCUUCUCCCGAUGGCGAGGAGGAGCAGCACCAGCAGCAGCACUGACCCGGCCCCCUCAAGCCAGCUUCCGACGAACGCGGCGACCGCUCCCCAGCGCGGAGCCACAACGGCACCCGCCGGGCCCAUUUCGCUAACACACCGACCAGGUCCAGCGCCGACCGCCGCCUACGCACAAGACACCACGGCUGCCUACUGGGUCACCGGCAAGUGGAGCGCUUGCUCCACCAGCUGUGGUCUGGGUGCCAUCUGGAGGACUUUGGCUUGCAGUACCGGUCCCGACUCUGACUGCGAUCCUGCCAAGAGGCCGGCUCCAGCCCAGAGAUGCUACCUGCGCCCCUGUUCCACAUGGAAACUAGAGGAAUGGGGCAAGUGUUCCAGGAGUUGUGGCAGUGGCCUGAAAUCACGAGAGGUCCAGUGUUUUGACUUGAGGGACCGGAGGCCGCUGCGACCUUUCCACUGCCGGGCCGUUUCCUCCAGGCCACAAACCCAAAUGAGCUGCAACAUUCAGCCGUGUCUGGAAUGGUACACCUCCUCCUGGGGACAGUGCUCCGAGGUGUGUGGGGGAGGUGAACAACAGCGUUUGGUAACCUGUCCGGAGGAAGAACAAUGCGACGUGGACCUUCAGCCCAGCAACAUCCAAUCAUGUAACAGUCAGCCCUGUGCCCAGUGGCUCACUGGAUCAUGGGGACAGUGUUCGGCUUCGUGCGGUGGCGGAGUUCGGCGUCGCCUCAUUAAAUGUGUCAACACAAAGGCCGAGACGGACGACGAUCUGGAUCCAGCUCAAUGUGACCGCGAGCUGCAGCCCGAGGGCACCCAGAAGUGUAAUCUACAGGAGUGCAAGAGCGCCCCCUCUGGAGCAGUUUGCCGUCGCGACCGGCUGACGGUUCGUUUCUGUCUGAGUCUCCGCUGGCUCGACCGUUGCCAGUUGCCCAACGUGCGAGCACAGUGCUGCAAAACCUGCGGCCAGCGGUCGCUCGCGUCCCAGCGGCACGUCUCGCCGCUGAGCCGCAGGGACGCCGGUGAAAUAUGAGCCACGGUUUGCAGGUCAACAAUCUGAGCCCUUCACUGAUUUCCACACCACUACAGACUAAUUGCAUAUUGGUCCCACUACGAAACUCUGCAUGUGUUAGCUGGUGGUAUUAUUACACAGGUUUGACAAUAAUUGAAAGAAUAAUAACGCAGUGCCUCUCUCUCAGAUAAAUAAUGAGCAUGUAAAUAUUUUUUAUAUGAUACAGUUUGACUAGAAUGUAAUUUCAUUUAACUGUUUUUUAUAACAAAUGUGUGGCUACAUAAGGGCUUUUCUGUGACUGUAGCCAUCCUACUAAUGCGUUAUUACACAUGUAGAGCAAUGAACCUUUGUGGUCGGUACAACGCUCUCCUUUCAUGGACAGCAGCAGAAACUCAACAGAUUAAAGCAGACAGGAAAAAAGCCUUUUUAAUUUGCAAUGUAUUUUUUUUUUUUGUAUAAUCUGGUACAAACGCUACAAAGCAAACAAGGUGCAUGAUGUGACUUGAGUAUUUAUUAGACUGUUUAGUAGGCCCCACCUCCCAACAGUUACUGAUGCUACUGCACCUGUCAAGCUUUUCCAUCUCACAGAUCAUUUUUUAAACCGUGGGUCCUGUUGGCGUGAAGCGGCAACUGUAAGAACGGCUACAGUUAGCCAAUAAACAGCGCUUAUAUUCUAUUCUAUUUAGCAAUAGAAUAUCUCAACUAAACCUAAACCAUACCUAAUGUAAUAAAGAUUUGAGGGUAUUUUACUGUAGAUGGCUCAACGCACUGUUUAAAUUCCUCACACUUUUUAUUUGGUUUGCCACUUUGUGUCAGCGUUUUUAAAGACUCAUAAAAGCAUCAAAAUUAACAUGUUGGCUAUUUACUGAUAUAUGAAGUAAAACAAAAAGACCCCAGAAGUUAUUUAGGAACGCGUUCACUUUCAGACAAGGAAACGCAAACACGUGCAGAGAUCCAAAGGCUUGACGGGUCUGUGGUGCCUGGUUACGGUUUCUAAGCAAUGGUUUGACGUGUUUAGAGAGGAGAUUUAGGAAAUGGUCAGUCGGUGUGUUUUAAUUUCUGCAGAAACUCACCAAAACUGUAACGUCACACUUUGGCUUUGACGCACACAUUUAUUUUAAGACACAAAGUAAAAUGUGAAUGGCGCUGGAGGCCAAACUGGCCCCCAACAUUUCGGGUAUCGGCAUGCCUGAGUCACUCGGGAUAACUACUUCAAUGAAAUGUGCAUGAUUUACAUGAUUGGGAAAUUAUUCAAAAUAGAGGGAGCUCUGUAAAUUAGUUUGUGUGGCCGAUAAAGAAAUUGGUUUUGUGGUUGUUUUUUUUAACUGUGUUUUUAACUGUGGUUUUUUAUAAAGCAACUGAAGUCUCCCGGACACUUUACUCCUGACAUUAUAUCUGCCUGUAUUUCCUCAUGUUGAUCUCAAGGUAUCACAGGGGUAAGUGAUUGAAAAGAUAAAUGCUUUUGCCAUAUACCAGGUAACCGGAGGGAGGCCUGUAGAGUUUGUUGGAGUGCUGCAGCUUUAUAUAAACAUUUCUUACCUGGAAGAGUGAAAGGUCUGUAACAUCAUGUUCUGUAUCUGUAAGGCCUUUGUUUAAAGUAAUCCAAUUUCACACUUAGCAGAAAAUGUAUUAAUUUAGCAGAAAAUGUAUUAUUGCACUUGCUUUUCUCAGGCAUCGCUACACACAACAGUGUGUAUUGUUACAUCUCACACAGUUGGAAUAGUGUAGAUUCAUAAUUUGCUUUUGAUGUGUAUUCACAAUAUAUAUUUCCCUGCCUUCUAUAUAAUGUAUUCAUGUAAAGGGCUGUUUUUAAUGUUGUAAAGCACUUUUUUUUUUUUUUUUCAAAGUUUACAAGUCGGUGCUCGGAACAUGAAAUGACGGUAAUGUUCAUGUGCUUCCUUCAGUUUGAUGUCGACAAAUCGCAUCCAUUUGAAAUUCUCAGGAUUGAAUUAGGCCCCUCCCUCUUUGGUUACUGUGAUUGGUGCUCUGCCGGUAAAGCUUUUAAUUCUAACGGAAAACAUUACAAGGGAUGGGACAGUAGAGGGAUUGUGUUUGGGGCAGCUGGUGGAGCUUCUUGCCAACAUCCUUCAUUCAAGGACCAGCGCUUUCAAUUAACAAAUGAGAAUGAAACCCACCGGACGAUGCUUGUGUGGAAACUUUUUUUUUUUUUACAAAAAGCGCUUACAUACAGGACGCUUAAGCCGCCAGAUCGUCCGUCCCAUCAGCUUCAAUCGGCGUGUUUGUACGCUGGGGACCAAUCAGCUGAGAGUUGUCAGAUGGUCGGGAGAGGCACUAAACAACAAUGGCGGCUCCUUAGACGUUUCCAUAGCAACAGCCAUAUCAGAACAGGGGAGCAGAGAAUGGCACUGGAGGCUUUUUAUCUGCUUGCUAUGGGGCUCAGAAAGGGUCUGAUUGACAGAUGGUUUAUGCGAGGACUUACCAAGUAUUUCUUUAAAGAGGCCUAUCCUUUUACAAACAUUUUCCAAUGACAGUUUCUCAAAUGGCUUUGGGUAUCAAACCAUCCGGGGGGGUCAGGUUCGCUCUCCGGGUGCCACUGAGCCUCUGCGGGAGAUCCGAGUAUUUUUAUACUGUCAAACUUUCAGCGGAUUUUUUAGAUUAACCCAUUUACAAACAUAUUGCAGGGUUUGUGAAAGCCUUUAACAUUUUCCUCUUCUCAAUUUCUGUUUUUUUUUUAUUGAUUGCUUCUGGUCUUUUUCUUUUUCCAGAUUGUACAUUUAUUGAUGAUGUCGGUUUCCAAGCACAAAAUCAAGACUCUCGCCAAACGGCAAUCAAAGCUAAUAAAUACAUUGUCUUCAAAGCAAUCAGUUGGCUAAUUACAACCUCGGCCGUACUACAAUAACAUGUUUGGUAUUGAUCAGUCAUGUGUUAUUACACCUGGAUAAUUGCAUACUGUGCUUUGAACUGCAAAAUAAAACUUUUGGGGAAGCCUUUAUGAAA